CGGCCGGGCGCGGCACUGUCACCGGCCUGCACCGGCCGUGCAUUAAGGCGACGGCCGGUGGGGCUGUGCGGCCAGGCGCACAGCCCCAUGGCCGGCCGUACCGUACCGUGCACCGUAGCGAUGGCCAGUGGGGAUGUGCGGUCAGGCGCGGCACUGCCCGGGCACCGGCCGUGCACUGUUUUUCGCACAUUUUCCCAUCGGGACCGAGCUGGUUACGGACCGAGUUGGUCAUGAACCGAGUUGGUCAUGGACCGAGUCGGUCACGGACCGAGUUGACUCGGACCGAGUUGGUCACGGACCGAGUUGACCGGCACGCAAUUGGAGGCGGACUUUUCCAAAAUGGAGUUGCCCACAACUGUGAUAAAAAGAAACUGUGACGGAAAAUUAACAAAUUUCGGCACAUUGGGGGAGGUAAGCAGCAGUAGUAACACGAAUAAAGCAGUGCAUCACUGGGGGGAGUUUGUACACAUGCAGUGUCCAACAAAGUCAAUGCAUAUGGUUGAUAUGGACUUAGGUACUCUAACCCCUAAAUCUCUUGAAUUGGAAGGACCUCAUUUGCACCAGCCAACUGCACAUCAUGAUACUCUUCCUCAUAAAUCCUUGCCAGCUGAGAUGUGCCGUCCUGAUGCCAUCAGCAUUCACACCAUUCAGUUGAUGAAGCACAACCGCCGCAUCCGGACAAUUAUUGCCGCUUCUCAGCAGCUGCAAACAGAAAGCAAUGUACAUAAAGGAGAAGACCGAGGUGCAAGACCAAGAUUGCAGUCAUUACCAGCGACACCUCUUAUGCUGGUUCCAACUAAGAGGACCUGGGCUUCUAGCAGCGACAACAUGGGCCAGUUAGAGCAGCAUGAUGAAAUAUGCAAGCCAACAAUAUUAAACACUAGUGUACAAAAUGAAAUGUUCACAUCCAGAAAACUGAGCAGGCGAGCUGUGGCUACAAUAUGUGCACAUGCGGGCUAUGAAAUGAGCCAAGAAUCAGCCACUGAAACCCUGACUGAUGUUCUUCAUGAGUAUUUGACUAAGGUGUGCAAGUUGCUAAGGGGGGCCGUGGACAAGGAGGCACUGACAAGCUGCACUGGAUUCCAGGAUGUUUUGUCGCAAGUCCUGCAAGAGAUUGGCAUAGGUGACACAGAGACACUCUUCAAAUUCUGGAAAGCUGGGAUUAAGGACUACCAUGCCUUCAUACAGAAGAGAAAUUCUCAACUCAGGGAGCAGUAUGACAAACUAAGGAAUCCAGGUGAUGCAAUAGUGUCCAGCGAUUCCAAGUCUCCUAGAUUCAAAGAAGAGCCAUUCAUAGACAUCCAGUUUCCAGACAACGAGCAAGAUUCAGAGAUCAUUUCUGAUGUGCCAGAACAGCCAAAUCAGCCAUUGAAUUUACAUAGUCUCAAUGCUAUGGAACUAGAGGACCAGAGCCGUGCGACAACUGGCAUGACUGAAGAGGGUAAUCACUGGUAUCCAUCAGCAUACAUCAAGACAGAACCAGGGACUGAGGCAGGAUCAAGGCAAGGGGACGGUCAGGCAAAAGAACUUCAAGAGCACUCUAAUGAUGAGGCAGAAGAAGUGAUUGGCCCCAGCCAUUCUAGUACAUCGCCUGUUGUUGACGUGGACGUCACAUCACCACAAGCUCAUACUGGUCAUGAGAUGACCCUCAUGAAUCCUAGGAAGAAGAGGAAGAAAUGAAAUGUAUGGAUGUGAUCAUCAUCUACAGACUGUUCUUAAUCAUAGACAAUUGACCAGUGAUGUACUCCAUGCGAGUGUCCUGAGCAUCGUUCUGGAAAUGAAUUCAGCAUGGCCUCCAGCCUGCAGCAUUUUCUAUUGCACACAAACACACAUCAUCGUGAAUCAUGAUAGAUAAUAAUCAUAAUAAGUUCAUUUUAAGUUUACUUACAUGUAAAAAUGUUAUUCAUAAAUGCCUGAGACAGUUUGCUCAUUCCUCUUGGUCGAGAGCCCAUCACAUGGGUAGUCUUAAACCGCUGUUUAAACACCAGUAAGCAGCGUUUGAGGCUGGUCAUUAACAGUGUAUGAGGCUCUGCGCCACAUAUGCAGUGUGCGUACCAUGUACGCCAGCUACAACAGAGUGAACCAGUGAGUACGCCGUGCACGAUGCGCACCAUAGAAGUGGCCUAAACAUGGACUAAGUUCGUUGUACUUUUCCACAUUUUAUGACUUUUAAUUAAAAAGGUAUGUAUGAAUGGGAAUAAUAGUGUGAUGAAGCAUUUAUAAACAUGAUGUUCAAUAAAAGCCAAUAUCGGCAGCCAGUCAUGUACAUUUUUUGUAACUGCUUAGUUACAAUGCAUUGCGAGUCAAGGUUUUUUUAAGUAAUUAAAUGUUGAGACAACAUUUUACAAGUAUUACCGUUCUUAUACUUGUCUGAAAAAAAUAAAGAUUUACUAAAAAGAGCCCA